AAACUCCGUUGCCGGACGCACACCGAAGAAGGCCCCCAACACUAGUUUUUUGCUUUAGUUUGCCUGCUGAAGUUCAAAAAGUUAGACGUCGUGUGUCCCAGUCGGAAGAAAUGAGUAUCAUACCGAAAACUGUAAAUCCGGAUUUACAAAAAGAGCGCGCGAAGGCCUCUUUCAAUGUGGAAGAUUUUGCUCUGUGGUAUCAUGGUGGCGAAGAGAAAUUGAAAUUCAAGAGAUUUUUUGAAUCAUACAUCUUUAAGGAUUUGGACGAUUCGCGUAACAGUUUCCAAGAUUGGUCACAUGAAGAAAUUUUCGCUGACGCCCUCAAGAAUGGCAUUGAAUUGGCCAAAAAAUUGCGCAAGUUGCAAGAGGAAGUGAAUCCGGGUGGCAAUGAUAUUUGGCCAGCCCUCUAUGGUAGCCCAGAUGCAUGGGGAGCUAUGCCGUCGGGAAAUCCAUUCUCAGUACAUUUCGCCAUGAUGGUAGGUUGUAUUCGCCAACAGGGUACCGAUGAACAAUACGAAAAAUUUGGCAAGCGAGCUGAGAAUUUUGAAAUUACCGGAGCCUAUGCCCAAACCGAAUUGGGGCAUGGAACAUUUUUAAGAGGUUUGGAGACCAGGGCGGAUUUUGAUCGCAAAACGGAUGAGUUUGUUUUGAAUACACCCACCAUUACAUCGUACAAAUGGUGGCCCGGUGGAUUGGGUCAUGCCGCCAACUACUGUGUUGUGGUGGCCAAUCUCUAUAUCGACAAUGACCCAAAGGGUGUGGCCAUGUUUAUGGUCCAGCUGCGUGAUGAAAAAACUCACAUGCCAUUGCCGGGCAUUGAUGUGGGUGAUAUUGGCAAGAAAAUGGGUUUUGCUGGUGUCAACAAUGGCUAUUUGGGUUUGAAAAAUGUAAGGAUACCACGAACAAAUAUGUUGAUGCGUCAUGCCCAGGUAUUGCCCGACGGUACUUAUGUCAAGAGUCCUGCUUCAGUAUUGGCCUAUUUUACCAUGGUCUUUGUUCGUUGUUUAAUUGUGCGCAACAAUUCGACCAUGUUGUCAAUGGCUUCAACCAUUGCCACACGCUACUCGGCGGUGCGCAGACAAAGUCCCAUUAAUCCCAAAGAACCUGAGCCCCAAAUCAUCGAUCAUGUUACCCAACAAAUGAAGCUGUUCCCCGAAAUUGCCACCAGCAUUGCCUACAGGCUAUCAUCAACCAAGUUAUGGCAAUUGUAUGAUCAAACGGCCGAAGAUAUCAAAUGUGGUGAAUUUGGUCGCCUGCCAGAAAUGCAUGCCCUGGCUUGUUCGCUGAAGGCUUUAUGUUCCAGAGAUUCGGCAAAUGGUGUGGAACGUUUACGUUUGGCCUGUGGUGGUCAUGGCUACUUGGCCUCAGCUCAGUUGGCAAAUUUAUAUUCGGCUGCCACUGCUGCCUGUACAUAUGAGGGUGAAAACACAGUUCUGCUAUUGCAAGUUGGUAGAUUCCUAAUGAAAUCAUGUCGCAUGCUCAUGGCUGGCAAGCCUUUGGUACCCACAAUUUCCUAUUUGCAAGAUGCCAUCAAAGUUAAUGGUCUUGAGAAAUGGACGGGAUCCUGGCAAAAUAUUCUGCAGGCCUUACAAAUUGCCACAGCACAUAAAAUCCGCAUAACAUUUGAAAACUUAACUGCUCGCCUUAAGGCUGGCCAAACUGAGGCAGAAGCUGCCAACAAUACCGGCAUAGAAUACACCCAGGCAGCCGAGUUACACGGCACCUGCUUCGUUGCGGCCACUUUCUUGGAAGAAGUCACAGGACCCAAUGCCAAAAAUCGCAGCCCUGCCCUUAAUAAAGUUUUGGAAAAUCUAUUGGAAUUAUUCUUGGUUAAUACUGCCCUGAAGUAUAUGCAUGAAAUUUUGAGAGUUGCCAAUAUUUCCGACAUGGAAUUGCGUGCCUUGCAAACACGACUGGAAGAUGUACUUAAGGCCCUGCGUCCCGAUGCCGUAGCCAUUUGUGAUGGCUUCGAUUUUCAUGAUAGAAAUCUGAAAUCCACUUUGGGCUCCUAUGAUGGUAAUGUCUAUGAACGCAUUUUUGAAGAGGCCAAAAAGAGUCCGCUAAACAAGAAACCUGUACCCGAUGUUAUCUACACACAUUUGCAACCAUUUAUGAAAGCUAAGAUGUAAAGAUCAAAGCGAAGUCGUGUCUUUUUGUAAAUAAUUUUGGUAUUAUUUUGACAUUUAUUUUAAUUAAAUUUUAUAAAAAUUAAA